AUGCCGGGUCCCCCUGGCCGGAUAUUUUUCGGCAAUGCUUUCGAUCUCGUCUACAAGCCAGCGCAACAGCAGAUGGCUAAAUGGGCAGAAGAAUAUGGACCUAUCUACAAACUGAGCCUUCCAGGAGCCAUGGUUGUCGUACUAACGGAACCGGAGGCAAUAACAACGGUCAUCAAACUGGAACGCUUCGAAAAAGACCGAAUGAUGUAUAAAGUACUGGAAGAAAUUACCAGCGAGACGCUUCCAAAUAUGUUGACAGUUCCCACUGGGCCGUACUAUCGUGCCGUACGCAAGGCUAUAACGCCUGCCUUCAGCAGCGCCAAUCUGAGGCAAUUCUUUCCUGAGUUGGUGUCCCUGACGGAGCGCCUGGCGGCGCAGCUAAUGACCCACGGGUCCGUAGUUCCAGUGGAUGUGGACAGAGCGGCGCAACGGUUAACCAUCGACGUCAUCGGUCGCUUUGCAUUUGACCGCGACUUUGGCGCUUUAGGCUUUAGCCGCAGCGAGGAGCUGGAGGCGAUCUGUGCGCUGAUGCUUGCGUUGGAGACGUCCCAAAAUCCGCUGAACCGCUGGUUUUGGUGGCGUAAGGUGCACAGACCCGACUACUGGCUAUGUACGGUAAACCAGUAUCGGCUGACGAUGCUUGUACCUGCUAUGGCGGAGGCUCGGGUAGCUGAGGAGCUGGACGUCUGCGGGCUGUUGGCGACGUCCACCCGACCCAAGCCGCGACCGGUGACGUGGGGCGAUCUGGGCCAACUACGCUAUCUCAACGCAGUCAUCCAGGAAGCCCUACGACUGAUGCCGCCAGUUUCCGCUGGCACCAUAAGGACUGCUCCACGGGACACGCGGCUGGCGGGCAAGGAUGUUCCCGCGGGUGCCACAGUGUGGAUUCCACACUACGCCGUACAGCGGUCGUCCCGCACUUGGGGAGCGGACGCCGGGAGAUUCCGACCAGAACGCUGGCUGACCGGGUUUAGUGGACUGCAGCAGCAGCAGCAAGGAGAGAAGGAGGAGGAGGGGAAGCUGCCUAAGGGGCAAUCGGAAGGCGUCACCGACGGCGGCGGCAGCAGUGGCGGCGAUGGCGCAGUACGACGUACGGCUGCAGCAGCGGCAGCGGUGAUGGCGACGGAUGAUGAGGAGGAGAUAGUCAAAGCCGCUGCGACCACCGCGGCUCGCGGCUGGCUUCCCUUCAGCGAUGGUCCCCGGAACUGCGUGGGCCAAUCCCUGGCGCUGUUGGAGCUACGGACGACCUUGGCGACGCUGUGCGGCAGGUUCAGAUUCCGGCUGGCCGAGGAGAUGGGCGGCGUGGAAGGCGUGGUGGCGGCUGCCCGCCAGGAUGUUACCCUCAAGCCGGGUGACAAGGGCCUGCUGAUGCACGUUAUCCCUCGUGUACCAAC